AUGAUUGAAAUUACUCAUAUUGAAUCUUUAAUCGAAAAACAUGACACUCCUGUUAGAGCGAAUUCGAAAGGUGAUAAGCGCAAUAUUUUUGUAUUGUUGGUAUUGUAUACCUUACAAGGAGUACCGUUAGGUUUAUCCUUAGCAAUACCUAUUAUUAUACAAAACAUGUAUCGAUCAUCAUUUAAAGAACAAGCUAAAUUUAGUUUCGCAGUAUGGCCAUUCAGCUUGAAGCUUUUAUGGGCACCGUUAGUUGAUUCUUUAUUUAUACGUAAAUUGGGCCGUAGAAAGUCAUGGUUGAUUCCAGUCCAAUAUUUCUUAGGUAUAUUUUUCUUUAUUACUGGUUUUCAUAUAAACGAAUGGCUAGAUGAUGGUAGUAAAGUAAAUAUUAAUGCUUUAACAUCAGUAUUUUUUAUUCUAAAUUUCCUUGCUGCCACUCAAGACAUAAUUGUUGACGGUUGGGCAUUAACCAUGUUAAAAAGACGAAAUAUUAGUUAUGCUUCAAUGUGUAAUGGUGCCGGACAAGCUUUCGGAAUAUUUUUGGGUUAUAUUUUGCCAAUUUUAUUGUUAUCGGAAUCAUUUUGGAACAGAUGGUGGCGUACUACAUCCAUACCAGGCGGUGUUAUUUCUUUACAAGGAUAUUUUUAUUUUUGGGGAAUUAUUUAUAUUGUCAUUACCACAUUGGUAGCUAUAUUUAAGUAUGAAAAGGAUUAUUUGUCAGAACUCGAUGCUGUUGAUCUUAGCAUUGCCAAAACGUAUAUGUUACUUUUCAGUAUUAUGAAAUUACCUAGUAUCAAGAUGUUUGCUAUAAUUUUAAUGACUAUCAAAAUGAGUUUUUGUUCAGUCGAUGCCGCGUUAAAAUUGAAACUUAUAGACAGUGGAAUUACCAAAGACGAAAUUGCUGCUAUGGAUUUGUUAUUUAUUCCUUUAAAUAUAAGCUUACCGUUUUUCAUUACAACAUUUACAUCGAAAGAAAAACCAUUGAAAAAUUAUUUCAAUACUAUACCCUACCGAUUACUGUUCGGUGUAGUUUUAGCAACUAUCGUUUACUUUACACCUUAUUUUUUGGUUCAGACAGGGUCUUUACUUAUCACGUACAAAGUAUUUUUAGUGUUGAUGUACAAUUUACAGCAGUUAUCUGUGAGUAUUAUGACAUUGACGGCAAUGACAUUUUACGCAAAUAUAAGUGAUCCAAAAAUCGGAGGUACAAAUAUGACUCUGUUGACUACUAUAUCUAAUUUAGGAAAUGUGUGGAGCAAAACUGGAGCUCUGUGGCUUAUCGAAUUCUUGACUUUCAAACAAUGUUCUAACGAUCCUAGAAAAUUAUGUUCAACAUCAAAUAAUCAGAAGGAAAUAUGCAGUUUGUCUGGUGGAACCUGUGAAGUUUAUAUCGACGGUUUUUACAUAGAAACUGUCAUGUGUACAAUUUACGGAAUAAUAUGGUUUUUUAUUUUUAGAAAAAUCAUAAAUAAUCUUCAAUCCAAGCAUGUAAAAGAAUGGCAUGUGGAAAUUAAAAUAAAAUAA